GUGGGGGAGAUGCGGAGGUAGGGCUCCUUUGGAUUCCUGUGGUUAGGGUCCCCGGGGCGGGGCGCAUCAGGGGCCAACCAAGAGUGCUGGUCCUAAACCCACAAAUCCACCAGGCUUUUCCCUCCUCCGUCAACCUCCUAAAUCCCAAUGAGGUCAUAGCAAUGAGAGAGAAUCAGAUCAAGAGAGGGGGAGGAAGAGGACGACGACGACGGAGAAAAAACUCAGACGGAAAGAGGCCAUCAGACAAGGUCGCUUUUUCUGGCGACACAGCAAGUGUGAUACUGAAUAUCAUCCACCCGCUCCGCCUGGGGACCGAGGGACUCGCAGAAGCACUUUGCGCUGCCACGAAAACAAAGGAGAUGAGACCAGAGGACAGGCCGUGAGGGUCUGGGAGCAGCCCCUUUAAUCUCCGGAAAGCAAAGCUUAGGUCCUAGGCCAGGAAAGAGAGGGAGUCUGAAAGGUGCCAGAGGCCACCGAAGGAGCGGGCUUGGGGUGCACAGAGCCGGGACGCGGCAGAACUCUGGACAGCGCUUCGCUAGCAGGGCUUGGUCUCCCGCGACUCUUCUGGUUCGCUCCUUUCCAGAGCCGGUUCCCAGACUGCUCCCUCAUGGACUCCCACUCCGAACCAGGAAGAUCUGUCUCUGAGGCCCCUGUGUGAACGUGCCAGGGGUAGGAGCAGUUUUUUCGCCUCUGGCUGUGCCAAGGAGGAUCUCCGGUUCUGGAAAUCCAGAUCUUGUGGAUAAUGUCUUUCCGGUGAAGAAAGAAAAGUUUGGGGAUCUGGAAUUUGGUAGGGGGCGGUAGGGGUAAGGACUGUGGAAGACAGAAGGUGGAUGGUCGGCUUCCCUCUCUGAGCUGGAAGGAAUGAUGACCCAGGGAGGAUGUGCACCAGCGGCCAGAUCAUUGGGAGCCUCUUGGUGCUCUCUGUAUUGGAGAUAGGGCUGGGGGUGUCCAGCGUGGCCGUGGGGGCGGUCAGUUUCAGCCUGGCCCUCCGAGAGCACACGCCGCAGCUCGGAGACUCGUCCCCGGUAUGGAGCGGGGUGUGUUUUCUUCUUUGUGGCAUAUGUGGAAUACUGUGCGCCAAAAAAAAAUCAGGACUUGUCAUGAUCCUCUUUUCAGCCUGCUGUAUCUGUGGACUCAUUGGGGGCAUCUUGAAUUUUCAGUUCCUCCGGGCAGUCACUAAGAAGACCUCAUCCCUAUAUCCUCUGCAUCUUGCAUCCAUGUCUCUGGCGUGCAUCGGCAUUGGGGGCUGCACUCUGUCCUCCUGGCUCACUUGUCGGCUAGCCAGCUAUGAGCAGAGGAGGAUGUUCUCAGAAAGGGAGCAUUCCCUGCAUCACUCCCAUGAAAUGGCUGAGAAAAGAUUGAGGGCUAUUGAAAUAACCGACUUGCCCAGCUGCCCGGUGGUGCCCCCGACACCAGAGUUACCUACAAGGAAAUGACAGACAACAUGAGCAAUGGAGGACCACAACUGAUGUUUAAUGGAAAAGUACAAUCAAUGUUUUAAAGAACCAAACAUGUGUCAGGAUGCUCAUGAGUCAAGGAGAUACCGAAGGCCUGGUGGAUGAAAUUAUAACAGUUCAUGUGUUCGCUUUUACUUCUUCUGAGUAUCCACUCAGAUUGACCUUUCUCACUUAUUCUCUAUCCUUUUAUAUAGGAUGAGAAUUUUCCAGAAAUAUCCUAGUUUAGUCAUUUCAUCAGACUUACCAGAUUGUUCUAAAGACUUGUCAGGAAAAAUUAAGCAGUUGAACAGAAAUGAUUCAUACUCUAACAAUAACCAUUUGACUAGCAUGAGUAUUAGACGUGUAUUCACAUGUUUCAUGAGUGAUUUGAAAAUACAGAUAUCAAGAACUAACAAUAACUAUUGAUGUCUUUGUUCUGAAAGACAGAUGACUUCAAGAACGCCACAGUUCAAACCUCAGCAAUGCCUUGUUGUAACAACAUUGUAAUUAUUUUCAAUUUGUGAAUGAACUAUAUUUCAUAAUUUAUUUGUAAAUUACAAAAAUCCUAAAGCAUAAAAAGUGAUUUUUAGAGAGAGAAUAUUAAUCUGUAUGAUAUUUUUGCAUUUUUCCACAAGUGAAAAAUUGUAAGUGAAAAUUAUAUAAAGAAGAUAAGCAUGUUUUCAUUGUACUGUGCAGAUGGAUCUACAUGCUCAUGAAUGAGUCUAGGCAUAACGUUUGGGUGUAUGCAUAUGUGUAUAUAUACUGUAAAUACAGAAGACACACAUGACACAUAUUUAUAGCUACAUGAAUAUAAAGAAAUAGCAGAAAAGAUUGUGAGGGUCCUCUAUCAGUUAUGGGAAAGCCAUUUGUCAAAGUUUUCUAAGCCCACAAAGUCACAGAGUUAAUUUUUACUGAAUUUGUCCAUUUUUCUUCUUCUUAUAUUUAUUGUAAAUAUACAUAUAUGUAAUUGUAUCUGAUAUGUUUGGAGCUGAGUGGCUUAAAUAUUGUCAUAUAAACAUAAAUUACUGAGAUGUUUGGGUAAUUUACUAUGAUUAUGAUGUUUAUGUAAUAAUUAUUAAUAUUGAUUAAUAAGCAUAACUUCAUAUAAUUCCAUAUUUUUAAACAAAACUUAUGAUUUAAGAGUAGCCAUUAUAUCUUUAUUUUGAAUACCUUUCAGCCAAAUUAAAUUAUUCAGAAGGAUAAAUGGUUUACCACUCUAAAUGAAGUUACAACUAUCUUUGAUAUAGAUUUUUAAAUGUUUUGACUCCUUUUAUAAUUAACAUCAUGAAAUAAUAUAGACCAGUGAUAUGUAAGAAAGCAUAUACCCAAAGCAUCUGAAAGAAUUCUCAGUAUAAGACUUCGAAAAAUAAGCUGACAUUCAUAUAGCCAGAUUCAAUCCUUCUCUUCCAUAAUGGAAUGUUAAAAUAGUAACUGGUGUAU